AUCACCGGGUGUGAACACGCCUGCAAAAAACGAAUUACAGAAGACAUUUUGUGACGUUUAUAUGUGUUAGUGUGAAUUUCCUUCCAUAUCAGAUACAAAACAGCUGCUCCACAUUCCUAAAACGCGAGUGAUAUUAAAAUUUCAGUGGUGGAAGAUUAGAGUUGGACAGCCUGUUGUUGCACUUUACUAUCAGUAGAUGGCAGCACGAGACCAUGGUUUACUCUGGGCACAGCAGACAUAAGGUUGCAAGCUGGUGACUUUACCUACAUACAAUGUUGAACCAGUGCUCUGUCAGACUAAAUCAGCUAAUGACCACGUGAUUGUAAAGAGAUGUAUCACUGAUGCAUUUGCUACUAGAGAUCAUUUCCAUUUAUUCUUAUAAGAAAAUCCAACACAUUGUGCAUAAAGGAAGUUUAUUAGUGGAGUAAUAGGUUUUCCUUUACAGGAUCUGAACAUCUAUUGAAAAAGAUUUUUAACUUGAAGUAUGAAUUUUUAUAAUACUAAUUCAUGUAACACCAGUAAAUAUUAUUCCUCUUUAUAGUGUUUACAUACUUACUUCUAUUGCUGCUUCUCAUGAAAUGUGUUAAUAUUUGGAUAUCGAAUCAUGCUCAUUUUUAUGUCCACUGUAAAUAAUUAAAUGAACCCAACCCACGCCCACUAUACACCGUGACUACAGCAUGGUGAGUUUUUGCCUGCUGGUACCCAUCAGUUGCCUCCAAAGACCCACAGGCUAACCAAACCCAAUAAGACUCUUCUUCUUCUUCUUUAGCGUGAUGGCUGCCUUCAGCUCCGGUGUCCACCAUCUGGUUCGGGGUUCCCACCAUGACACUCACCAAUCACUUUGUGGCCAAAGAUUCUUGCAACUGCUUCAGCAAUGGAGGGAUGUGUGUGUGUGAGUCACCGUGAGGUACCAAGGUAGAAAGAUCCUACAGAGGUUAACAUGGAGCCUGGAAAAGACGUCAUUCUUCAGUGUCAUCAUCCAGCAGAUUCAGAGAUUGCCGUGUUGGAGUGGCGCCGACCUGAGUUUGAGUCCAACAAGUACGUGUUCUUCUUCCGAAAUGGGCGCUCGUAUGAAAACGACCAGCACGAGUCCUUUAAAGGCCGAGUGGAGCUGAAAGAGCCGACCAUGAAGGAUGGAGACAUUUCUGUAACUCUAAAGAACCUCAGCAUCAGUGAUGCAGGAACAUACCAGUGUCGGAUUUUAUUCAGCAAAAGCACUGAUGAGCUUAAGUGCUUCAUCAAGCUCAACAUCACAGCAUCAGGUGUCAUGGAUGAAGAGGACAUACAGAUGUGGAGAGACAAGGACAGAGGGGAUGAGGACAGGUCUCCUUCAAAUAUAGAUGAUGUGUCUGUGUGUGCUGUGUUACUUUUUAUUGUCAUAGUUAUUCUUGUUUUUCUAAUGUACAUAAGACAAAGGAACAAAGCAAAGUAUCCCCCUACUUAAGUACAUCAUUAGUCAUUUGUGGAUACAAAUUCUUCUUUGGUUUUACAAACGUGAACAAUGUGCCAUCACUGAAAGUUAGAAAUGCUCCAUUGAACAAAACUAAAGAGCAGCCAAUGUUUGAAGUGUUGUAGAAGUUGGGAAAUAAUUGUGUCCUGCCUGGUAUUAUAAACACGUUAGCACAAUGAAGCUGGAGGAUGAGUGCUAACAAGUGUCCCCAAUGGGUGGAAACAAAUGCAUCAUGUGGCAGGAAGAAUCUACCACUCAAAAUUCUAUCCAGUUAAUACUUUCUUUUAAAUACGUUUGCUGUAAAUACAUAAAAUAAAUGUUUUGUUUGAUUUUGUUUUUAAGGUGUGCUGUUUACCUGUUUCUGAAUUUAGACACUGUUAGUCAAGUCUCUGGUUA